AUGCGAGCCGAGGAACAAGGAAAUCCAGUCGACGAAUCGAAAUCAGAGGAGAACGAAGAGGGUCGGCAGGGCCUCGAGUAUUUCAACACGGUCGACCAGUUACGGAUCAAAGAACAUGCGGACGUGGACAAAGUUCUGAGCCGUAGCGAGUCGGAGAGAAGGUACUCGGUGAAGGACGGCUCGGGACAGACCGUCUACAACGCGAUCGAGGAUUUAAAUUGCAGCGCGGGUUCCAGCGGUGGGAACUGUCAGGGCUUUGCCAUGAGGAUCCUUGACGGUCGGGACGCCGAGGUGAUGCGCAUAUUUCGGCCCCUCGUGUCGGGGGCCGAUCGCCUUCAGAACAGAAGCUUCCAAAGUUGCAUGGGAAAAUGUAGGUACUACAGAACAAAAAAUACAUUCAGGGUGGUCAUCGACAGCAUUAACCAACUUCCUUGUACCCUGCAGAGAUUGGAAGUGUUUGCCCCGCCGGAUCAGCUGAUCGGGAAAGUGGAGCAAGAGCAGAGCCUCCUGGUACCGAAGUUCCAAAUAAUGGAUUCGGAAGGCAAAAGAGUGGCACGCAUCAAGGGUCCCAUCUCUACUUUAAGUAUCUUUGGGAGCGUGAAAUUCCAGGCGAAGAGCGAAGGCGGGAAGGCGAUCGGGGCGAUCAAGAAAGAAUGGUCAGGUCUCUUCAAGGAGGUCCUUACUGAUGCGGAUCACUACGGCCUCACUUUCUCCCCAGAACUGGAUGUUAACGUGAAGGCACUCGUCUUCGCUGCCGCCUUCCUCAUCGACUUCAUGUUCUUCAGUAAACGGGCCAUCUAA